CGUUUUACGCGCUUGAUGAUCUGUUGAAGCGGUGCACAAAGUUAGAUCGUGCCGUCGAGCGGUGUUCCGGAUUUCGGACGCGUGAUACGAUGUAUCCAUCGAACCUACUCGUUGCGAUAAAACCAGACCCGACUACGAGGACCUACAGUGGUUUUAUCCACCUCUCAUCCAUAUUACGCAAGCACUUUCUGAGGUAUUCUCAGCCCAGUAUUUCUAUCGUACAGCUGGACUAGCUUCGAACUUGACGCGAAGGCCUCCCGGAUCAUGGGGGGACUAAACGACACGUACGGUGCCGUUUUUGUCGCGAUAUGCAUCUCCGCCGUGUUGUACGGAGUGACGAUUCUGCAAGUGUUCAGCUACUUUCGGGACUACCCUCAAGACAGGUUCUGGGACAAGCUCGGUGUCUGUUGGCUAUGGGUUCUGGACUCGCUGCACAUCGCAUUCUGCAUAUAUGCGAUGUAUUGGUAUCUCGUCAUCAAUUUCGGCGUCUUCGCUGAGCUUGCGGUGAUUCACUGGAGUUUCGAGGCAGCGGAGAUGCUCAAUACGAUCGUGAUAUUCAGCGUCCAGGGACUAUACAUCGUGCGUGUAUGGAAACUGGAUGCUGCUGCAGGCGUCAUCUGUGGUCGCCGUCAGUUCAGACCUAUAUCCAUCUUGGUUGGGGUCGCUCUGUGUGUCGCACUAGCUACAGCAUUGGAAUGUUGUUACGAAAUUUCGAGGCUGAAGACAUUCGCAUCGGGCCUUGAGCCUGAUCAUCUGUGGAUCAUGUACUACUCCCUAUCAGCUGCAAGCUGUAUUGACAUUGUUGUCGCCGCCUCGCUUUGCUAUCUACUGUCGAAGUGCCGGACGGGCUUUCGCAACACAGACUCACUGGUAAAGUGCCUGAUGUUCUAUACAAUCAAUACGGGGCUCGUCACAAGCAUGUGCUCUCUUGGUGCCGUCAUCAUGGUGCGCUUUACAGUUACGCGCAUGCAACAUACUUUUGAUAAAGGACAAUCUCCUCAGCUUGCCGUGCUUCCUACAACGUACCUCACGGUGGCGAUUCAAUUACUGCAAGUCAAACUAUACGUCAACUCCUAUCUUGCCAUGCUCAAUGCUCGCUGUUCGCUGCGUAGGCAGAGGGACGAUUCGCCGGGGUAUAGUAUCAGCCUACCGCGUAGUAUGGUGUUCCAUUCACCACUCAUCGCUGGCGAAAUGAGUCGAGCAACGUCGACGGCUGACCCUGGCGCCACCAUACGAUGGAGCAACACGCGGACUGGAUGCGGAAGGGUGUCUGGGGAAGUCGACCUUAGUCGCCAUGUACAUGACAGCGCUCAUGGCGCCUACAAAAGUACAGCGUUGUCCCGGUCCGACAAGUCUCUAGUCACGUCAUUGGACAUUUUACCGGACUCUCCUUCGCAACUUCGAAACUCCCGCCUUUCUAUUGACGCAGACCGCAAUGCUACCGAAGCUCGACGGCCAGCUGUGCGUAGGCCUUCUCCGACGUUCGCUCGGAGGACGUCAGUUGUUUUCCUUUAGCAGGGUGCUGAUGUUUGAUUCACAGAUCAACGAAGUCUGAUGACGUCGUGGUGUACGGGAUUCAAGCCGUAGACUACUCAAACCAAGGGUUACGCAGACUUUCGGACAGAUAGGUACUAUGUAGCGCGAUGCUUGUAUGUAGGAUGUGUAAGCCCCGUGGCUGAAUAGGCGUUGACAUCGGGGAUGAUUGACCUGCUUGUAUAUAUGAAGUAUCUGCGU